AUGGAGAAUAACGUUAAAUAUGGUCUGGGCGAAGCUCUGGGUCCUGUUGACCCUAUCGAUCCCUUUGGGCAACUGUCCAAAUCCGAGCCCAAUAAGCGCGUAUUGAAGAAUAGGGCUGCUGCGGCAAGAACAUCAGGGCACCUAAAUAUCGCCGCCAUGGGAUUAAAGGAGAUCCCGGAGGAGGUGUUGAAUAUGUAUGAUUUUGAUCCAGAAAGUGAAGGCGAUUGGUAUGAGAGCGUUGAUCUUAUAAAAUUUAUCGCGGCGGAUAAUGAAUUUGAAUCGUUAUCAGAUGCUGUAUUUCUUGAUGUUGAUUUUAAUAUCAUGGACAUGGAUGAAAACGCCAAGGGGUAUCAAUUUGGGGGGCUGGAAGUUCUAGAUCUUCAUGGCAACAUGCUAACUACUCUUCCCAAGGGUCUACGAAGGCUCCAACGGCUGCGCUCGUUGAAUCUUUCCCACAACCAGUUGGAUGUGGAAGCUUUCGAAAUCAUUACCGAAAUUUCGGCACUAACUGACUUAAAACUAGUAAAUAAUAAACUUGGGGGCAGCCUGACUUCCACUAUUGGCACUCUCUCUAAACUAGAAGUGCUAGAUCUCCGUGAAAACGGCCUCACUGAACUUCCAAAUGCUCUAUCUGACCUCACCACAUUGCGCAUUCUUAAUGUUGCCGAAAACCAGUUGACUUCGAUCCCAUUUGAGGCUCUAAAGGCCCUUCCACUCGUCGAGAUUAAUGCGCAGAAGAAUCGUCUUCGGGGACAUCUUGUUCCAGCCUCAGUUACACGCUUGGAAACGCUGCAAAUUUUGAAUGUGACGAGCAAUUUCUUGGAAAGCCUUUCUCUCGGCGAAACCCUGGAGUUACCCAACCUCCAGCAGCUAUCUAUAGAUGCAAAUCGUAUCAAGGCUUUGCCAAACAUCUCAACAUGGAAGUCACUCCUAACAUUAACUGCAGAGGAUAACGCUAUCGGUUCACUUCCGGAGGGCUUUUUACAGCUCGAAAACAUAAAAGUUGUCGAGUUCACCGGUAACAACAUAACAACGUUGGACGAGAAGCUCUCUCUAUUAGAGAAUCUUAUCUCCUUCCGUAUAGCGAACAACCCGCUCCGAGAGCGCAAAUUCCUCACCAUGGACACCGACGAAUUGAAAAGAGUCCUGCGCGGCCGAUGCGAACCCGACCAGCCAGAAGCAGAGGAAGAAGAUGGGUCAGUCCAAACUGAAUUCACCCUCGCUCCAGAGAGCCCAACAACCGCCAACGCCUGGCGCAUAAAAUCUGGCGGCGUUCUCGACUGCUCUUCCACCGAUUUGGCCAGCCUUGACCCAGCGGACCUGGAACCCUUCCUCGCUUCCUCCACAGCGAUAAAAUGCCUAUACCUGCACCACAACUGCUUUCACAGUCUUCCUGUAGUCAGCCUCUCCCUCCUCUCCCAUACUCUCACUGACCUCGACUUCUCACACAACCCCUUUUCCUCCACCCCCACAACACCCCUACUAACAACGCCGCUCUCUCUCCCUCAUCUCCAAAACCUCACGUUAAGCUCCACAGGCCUAACAACUCUCGAGCACCUCCAACGCCACCUCUCUGCUCCCAACCUCACCUUCCUCGACGUCUCCAACAACCGCCUCAUGGGAACCCUACCGCACAUCCGACACAGCUACCCAUCCCUAAUCACCUUCCUCGUGUCCGAUAACCAAAUCGACAGCUUGGAGUUCGACGCCGUGUGCGGCUUACAGGUGCUGGACGUCAGUAAUAAUAGCAUCUCGUUUUUGCCGCCUAGAUUGGGACUGUUAGGGAGCGAGGGGACCGCAGGAGCGGGGAAUAGGAAUUGCUUCCGUGUCCCUCGCUGGCAGGUUGUGUCGAAGGGGACAGAGGCGGUGUUGGAGUGGUUGAAGAAUCGGAUUACGGCUGAGGAGCUCAGGGAGUGGGGAGUUGUGGAGGAGGAGGGUGUGAAUUGA